GCAACUUGGUCGUCAAGACAGCGCCAACAUGGGCAUACUAACGUUAUCACGAACAUCUAUCACACCGACGGUGAGCAUCAAAAGCUUCACCACGAGGCCGGCAACGUCGUUGGGUCCUACUGCUCCUGCUGAUGGAUGCAAGGUAGUCGAAAUCAAUCAUGCACUCGUGGACCCGACCGACAAAGCAACCACCAUUCACGUAUGGGCCCUUGGCAUUGUAGCCGUGAUUGGUGGGCAGUUUUACGGCUGGAACGUCUCGUUCGGAGCAGGGUUUUUACCGUUUUUCCUCUCAUUCGUGAUGAUGGGGGCAGCGUACAUCAUUUACGUGGCGUGCGUUUCCGAAGUUGGGGGAAAAGUUCCCGGUGGCUCGUACGGGUUGGCUCGAGCAGUGCUGGGGUAUUACCCUGGAUUUCUCCUCAGCAGCCUCGAACUUCUCGAGUACACUUCAUUUGCGUCCGUGUCGGUGUUGUACGUGACCGAGUUUGCGACCACGUUUUUCAACUGGAACGAGGACUACCAACCGAUCUUGUGGCUGCUGUUCUACGCAGUGUUCAUCUUCAUCUUGGAAUCGCGGGGCAAGUACGUGUGGUGGUUUAUGCUCGUGUUCGUUGUGCUGUGCCUCGCGCCCACCGUUUUGUUUGUGUGUGGGUCGCUCUCGUAUGUCAACUUUCAAGCCAACGCCAUCCUUGUGGACGACGCGACCAACGAAACAACGUGGGCCACAGGCGAUAUUUCGUCGGCGUUCUUUGGCAUUUUACCGUCAACGACGGUGGGGUUUGCAGGCGUCGAAAGCCUCACGGUGGUCACUGGGUUUGUCAAAGAUCCAGCAGUAGCCGUGCCCAAGGGGACCGUGGCGGCCGUGUGGACGCUGUUCGUGUCCAACAUAGCACUCAUUCUCGUUCUGGCAUCCCUUCCCCCAGGCCUCGCGACGACUUCCACGGACGAGUACUUUCUCGAUCGUGGAUUGAGUCUAGGACUUGGCAUGUCCUCUGGACUGUCAGAGUGGCUCAUGAUGCCGGCGCAAAUGGGCAUGGCGUUUGGCUUUUUCAUUCCGUACGCUCGACUGACUCAAGCGAUGGCCGAUUCCAACUUGUUGCCAUCAUGCCUGCGACUCAAAGGUCAGCCCAACACGGGACGGGCGAUGAUCGUUGCGUCUGGGUUUGGGUACCUCAUCUGCCUCGUGUCGUUCUACAGCCCCAACCCGUAUGGCCUCGUGGGGGCGUAUUAUGUCUGGGUCGUGUUCUUGUGCCUGUUUGUGUCCAUUGCGGGGGGGUUCCAGGGAGACAGCUGCAUCGCGGUAGCGUCCACGUUUGGCUUUGUCGUAGUGCUUACGCUGUACUACGUGCUGGGGUGUCAAAAGUCGCAAACAGUGUCUAAGGAAGAGUACACGUCUAUUUUCAAGUUCAGCGUGAUGAAAUUCAACAAGAACCGGUCCAAGAAAACCAAAAGGCGAUCGUCUGGCACGAGCCAAGUGUCUCGAACGUCCAUGAUUCACGCGGCCAAGAUUGUCAUUGCCCACAGAAGCAAAUUCGAAUCAUCGACAAAGUCUGGAGGUAGAUAG